CUUCCGGUAGUUGCAGAAGACGAAUUUGUGCCGGGAAAGUAUAACCGUUUUAAUAGAAAUUAAUACAUGUAAAACAUGAUUUGACACAGUACUGGUCAGCUCUUGCAACAUGUCUGGAGAGGAAGAUCCACCAAAAAAGAGAAAGAAAGUAGAAGAUAAAGGAGAUUAUGAAGAUAAAAUUGAAGCCAACAAAAGGAAAAGGUUUGAUUAUCUUCUGAAACAAACUGAGUUAUUCUCACAUUUCAUACAGACUGGUGCCAAAGAGGAGGAUGAACAGGGAACCUCAACUUCUAAAGGAAGAAGGUCAAAGGGCAAAGUUGGGAGACAUAGGUUGAAAGAGAAAGAUGAAGAUAAGAUUCUGUUAGAUGACUGUAAAGCAGAAAAAGAUGUUGAAAUCUUCGAUAAGUCUCCAUCUUAUAUUCAGGUGGGAAAAAUGAGAGACUACCAGGUACGGGGCCUCAACUGGUUGAUAUCACUGUAUACACAUGGUAUAAAUGGUAUUCUUGCAGAUGAAAUGGGUCUUGGUAAAACAAUACAGACCAUUGCCUUGUUGGGAUACCUGAAGCACUACAAAAACAUAUCUGGACCACACCUUAUUGUUGUGCCUCUGUCUACGGUGGACAACUGGGUGGCAGAAUUCAACCGCUGGUGUCCAGAUUUCAGAGUGGUUGUUUUGAGGGGAAAUAUUGAUGAGAGGAAAAAGUGGAUAAAGAAUGUGUUUAAGGAUGGUAAAUCUUGGGACGUCUGUAUAACUAACUAUGAAAAAUGUGUAAUAGAAAAAGCGUCCUUGAAGAGAGUCCAUUGGAGGUAUCUUGUUGUUGACGAAGCUCAUAAAAUCAAAAAUGAGAAAACACUGGUUUCUGUGAUUAUCAGAAGCAUUAAGUCAACCAACAGACUGUUGCUGACUGGGACACCACUACAGAAUAAUCUACAUGAGUUAUGGUCCCUGCUGAACUUCCUGUUGCCUGAUGUAUUCAACUCAUCAGAGGAUUUUGACACCUGGUUCAGCUCAGAAGGAUGCUUAUGUGAUGGAGAACUGGUCAAACGUUUACAUGAUGUACUGAGACCAUUUCUGCUAAGAAGGAUUAAAGCUGAUGUAGAGAAAGGAUUGUUACCAAAGAAAGAAACCUACAUUUAUGUUGGUCUAAGUGCCUUACAGAGGGAGUGGUAUACCAAGAUUUUACUGAAAGAUAUUAAUAUUGUAAAUGGUUGUGGUGAGAACAACAAGAUGAGAUUGUUAAAUAUUCUGAUGCAACUGAGGAAAUGUACUAACCAUGCCUAUCUUUUUGAGGGGGCAGAGCCAGGUCCUCCUUUUACUACUGAUUUGCAUUUAGUAGAUUCCUGUGGGAAAAUGUCUGUUCUACAUAAAUUAUUACCCAAGUUACAGAAGGAAGGUCACAGAGUCCUGUUAUUCUGUCAGAUGACCAGAAUGAUGGACAUUUUAGAGGACUAUGUAUUUUGGCAGGGAUAUGAAUUCUGUAGAUUAGAUGGAAGCACUGCUCACUCAGAGAGAACUGAAGCUAUCAAUGAGUUUAACAAGAAAGACAGUAAAAAGUUUAUUUUCCUGCUGAGUACCAGAGCUGGAGGACUUGGUAUUAACCUGGCUACAGCUGAUAUUGUUAUCUUUUAUGACUCAGACUGGAAUCCACAGAGUGACUUACAGGCUAUGGAUAGAGCACAUCGAAUUGGUCAGACAAAACAAGUACAAAUCUUCCGUUUCAUUACGGAAAAUACUGUGGAGGAGAGAAUCAUAGAAAGGGCUGAGAUGAAACUGAGGCUUGAUAGGAUUGUUAUUCAACAAGGAAGAUUACAACAUGAUUCCAGGAAAUUAGAUAAGAAGAACAUGUUAUCUAUGAUCCAACAUGGAGCCAGACAUGUAUGUGCCUCCAAAGAUUCAGAAAUCACAGACGAAAAUAUUGAUCAAAUUCUAUCCAAAGGAAAAACAAAGACUGAUGAAGUGAAAAGUAAGCUGGAUAAGGUUAGUGAUGGUAACAUGAAGUCAUUCACGAUGGACGAGGAACCGUUCACAUUGUAUAAGUUUGAAGGAGAGGAUUAUAGGAAGAAACAGUUACUGUUAGAACCAGAGGUGGUGUUUCAAGAUAAGAGUGAAAGAAGGGCAAAGAGAGAUGCUGUUGAAAGGUCUAAAAUGAUCACAUAUGUCUCAGAGAAGGAACUAUUUGAUACAAGUCUUUCUUCUUUUAUUAAAAAAAGGGUUAAUGGUAAAUGGAAGUCAGCCUGCCAUUAUUACCAGCAAUACUGUAUAGAGGAGGCUAGAAAACAAGAUUCUCAGGAAUUAUACAAGAUAGAGCAUUUUUGUAGAGCCUCUGUAAAAAAGUGGCAUAAAAUGUCUGAAGAGGAGAGACAGGUUUACAUCAAUCUGAUGAAAAAAGAUGAAGACAAUUAUGAGCAAGGGAGAAAACUCUUGAAUCGAUACAAAAAAGAAAUUACUGACACAAUGAGUCAGAUACAAACUACUUUGAGGAAGCUUCAUAAAGCCACACAAGAAAUUGGUUAUUCCACUGUUAAAAUAUUAUGGCCAAAAGAGCCUGAAAGAUCUGUCAAGCUGAGUGAAAAAAGAUUAGAAGAAAUUGUAUGGGAACAAUUUGACCUUAAUAAGUUCAUGGGUCAUUGGAGAUCACCAUUUCACUUUUAUUUACAACAAUGUGUAGAGGAGGCCAAAGUUAGCAGACCUGAAGAUUUAUUAUUGUCUGAAUUCAAUGUGAAGUGUGUGAACCAAUGGUACAGUCUGUCUCUGUCUGAAAGGAAGAGAUUUGAAGGUUGUGCUGAGAAAGAUGAUGAUAUAUAUCAGAAACAACUGUCCACAAAGUCCUUGUUAGAUUCAAAACUCACAGAACUGAACAAGAUUUGUAAGAAGAAACAACUAGAAAGUGCUUGGAAUCACUUUAUUAAAAAAAUGAACUUAGGACCAAAAGAGGAGAAAGUUAAAUUUGAAUCUCUUCCAAGGGUAGCUGGUAUCAUCAAUCAGUUACAAGUUACAACAUCCCUGAUAAAUGAAGCAAAAAAUCUGAUGGCCAAAAAGCCAAUAAAUGGACUGGAUAACAAAGGGAAGCAACAUAAUACAAAUGAUGGGAAGGAAGAAAUGGUAUCUAUUAUAAAAAAGAAAUGUUUCAAGGACCAAGAUGUUUGGACAAAAUUCCUGUCCUUUGUCGACCAUUACAUCCAAGGAGAGUUUAAAUACUCUGGUACCUUUCCCUCAGUCACAGACAAGGAGAAUCAUCAACCAGACACUUGUCCCCAUCCUUGUAGUGUCUGUGGUAAUAAGAGUAUUGGAGCAUUCUUUGGAACCAUAGUUUGCCAGAGCUGCAAUACUUUCUUUGUGAAUGCUGUACAGGAUAGGCGACAGUACAUAUGUAAUAAGCAGAAGAAGUGUAAUAUAAAUUUCUUUGGAAAUCUCUGUGUGUUCUGUCGAUUCAAAAAAUGUCUGCAAGUUGGAAUGGUAGUGGCUGAUGUUUCCAUACCAGGAGAAAAACUUGAGAUCUUCAGAUAUUCCACAGUGAAUAAUGAUAAAAAGAAAGUGGAAGCAGCUUUUCCCUAUCAAAAUACUCCUGUAGAAAUUUCUAGUGAUGAAGAUGAACUUCCAUUAACUACUUUUACAAAUGAAGAAGAUGAACUUCCAUUAGCCACUUUUACAAAUAAAGAAGAUGAACUCCCAUUAGCCACUUUUGCAAACAAAGAUGAUGAACUUCCAUUAGCCACUUUUGCAAACAAAGAUGAUGAACUUCCGUUAGCCACUUUUGCAAACAAAGAAGAUGAACUUCCAUUAGCCACUUUUGCAAACAAAGAAGAUGAACUCCCAUUAGCCACUUUUGCAAAUAAAGAUGAUGAACUUCCAUUAGCCACUUUUGCAAAUAAAGAAGUUGAACUCCCAUUAGCCAAUAAUGCAAACAAAGAAGAUCAACUCCCAUUAGCCACUUUUGCAAAUAAAGAUAAUGAAUGUAUGUAUGUACUUCCAUUGGUCACAAAUAAAGUAGAUGAUCUCCCAUUAACUACUUGUACAAAUAAAGAGGAUGAACUCACAUUGGCUACUUUUGCUGAAAAAGAAGAUGACAUACCAUUGUCCACUUUAGCAGAUAAGGAAGAUGAUUUCCCUUUAGUGUAUUUAACAGAUAGAGAUGAUUGCCUCCCUUUAGCAAAAUACUCAAAUAAAAAGGAUGACAAUGGCAAAAUAAAAGCAAAGAUUGUGAAAUAUUCUAAUGUCACAAACAAAACUGAUUUCAACUUACAUAAGACGGUAGUUGAUCAAAGGCUUGAAAAAAGUCGAAAUAGUGGACAGAAGAGAAAGCUAGAAACUUCACAAAAGUCUAAGACUCAAAAUGGAAUAGCUCUAUGUACCAAGGUGAAAGCUAUACCUUUCAAAAAGGCAAAAGGUACUACUUGCCCGUAUAACAGUGUUGAAAAAAUUAACAAAUCAGGACAGAAACAGACCAAUCGAAAUAAAUCUGCAUUAAAUUCGCCUAUUACAAUAGGAGAUGAUAGUUCUAGAGAUUCUAUUGUUACAAUCAAUUCUAACAGUGAUAAAUCUAUAACAUUAGAAAUAUUAACUGACAGUGAGUCAGAGGAGAGUUUGAGUGAUGAACCGAACUCUUCAAAGUUUUUAAAAUUUGAUGUUGAAGUUGUAGGAAUUGAGAGUGAUGAGGAUCUCUGAGAAUCAUGUGUUAGUAACAGUAUUAUAAAGAUCUGAGAAUCUAGUCAUAGAGCUAAUCCGUUAAAAGAAAUAUGGGAGCAUAGGAAUACAAGCUUUAUUUAUAGAAAUUGGGGGGUUUUCAAAUGAUUUUUGUCUCACCUAAACAAAGUUGGGGAAGGGAGAACCGAUUUUUGUCUCACCUCGACAAAGUUUGGGAUGGGACACUAAUUGGUCCUGUUUCCCAAGCUGGCAGCAUGAAUAAUGUAAAAAUAUGUGAUUAGGUCAGUUAAAGGGGAACAACUAAUGAUAGGUCAACAAUAUAUUGUAUGAAGUUGUAUUAGCAUUAGCUCAUCUCAUUUCAAGGGAGAUUAUUUGCCCCUCCCCUCAAUCACGGUCUAAUGACUUCAAACCUUUUGCUUAGUUUACAUGUCAAUAUUAAGAGGGUAACCACUAGUGUCGCAUUCAUCAGCAAUUAUUCUACAUCUCCUUAUUUUUAUAUGGUGUGUAAUUUAUGGUUGUUUUUCUAUUUGAUGUAUUCCAAAUUUCUUGAAAGAAAGUAUGUUUGUGGGAUUUCGGCUGUACAUUACUUAAGCUACCCUCCCUCAUCCUCCUUUUUAUUGGAAUAGCUCUCAUUUAAGAGCUAUGGGGAACAAGGUAGGCUUAAUAAAAUAUAGUUAAUAAGGGUUUAUUGGAGUGUGUCAUUGGCAAUCAUACCACGUCUUCUUAUUUUUACAUUUGUUGUUAUUGGAAGGAGACAGUUUCAUAAAAAUGAUUUCCUGUUGAAAUUAAAAUUAGUUUUCCAAUAGAAAACUGUGAUAGAUAUGUUGAUGAACAAUGUGACUACCUCAAUUGAAAUACAUGUAAUGUUAAAAUUUCCAGAAAUGGUAUGAGGGACUGAAUGUUCCUAUAUGAUUACAAUUUAUUUGAAAAUCCCAUUGAGAGUUUAUUGUCUCAUCAGGUCAAAAGACCUUAUGAGUGUAACGAGUAUCUGACCUAAGAAUUACAAGCUCUGUAGGUCUAAAUUAACAAAAUUUAAUUUAUCACAAAUGGGAAAGUUUUGUGUCUUGCUUGAGUUUUGUUUUAGAAAUACUCUACACAUAUUAAUGUACCUAUAUGUAUAAUUUCUUUGUCACAUAUAUAUGUAAUAGAAGAAGCUAGCAAUUACAGCAAUGUUGAUGAAAAGUUUUAUUUUUUUUAGAAAUACUGAAAGAAAGUUUUGACCAGAGCCUGAAAUAAAGGUCUGUCAUGAAACCCUAAACACUCAUUUUUUUAUAGGGCCUCAACAUUUUUUCAUAAUUUUUUUUCUGCUUUUUAAGUUCCAUUAUUUAUAUAAGUUAGCAAUUUAUAACAUUCUUUUAAAAAUAUUUUUAUUUUAAAACAGAGGAGCACACAUCCUUAAUUUAUUGAAAAGAGUAUCUGUAGAAUUUGUUUACCAUGACAAAGAUGAUGUAAAGGAACUUUCAAUGGUAUUUUGAACAGUUGUGUAUAUUGAAACUUCUGGUUAAAACAAUGUAAAGUAUAAUUAUGAUUAACAAUUAACAGUGUCCAGAUACAGAGAUCAUUAACAUAUCAUGAAAAAAAUACAACACGAGCUGCUUUAGAUUGUUCAAAACAUCACUUUUUAUAUCCGAAGGAGGCACACUACUGAUAAAAAAAAAAGAAGCAUAACAAAGCUUUAUGAUUUGUGGAUUUACUAGUAAUAUUUUUUAGUUGUCUAAACCACGACAUGCAUUGACGAGAAUGAGGCUUUUUAAGGAAACUACCCUCACCAUUUUUUAAAAAUUUGAAUAACUAGAGAUGUUAAAUUGUUGAAAUAACAAGACUGUCAUCUGAAUGCAUAUAUUAUUUUGGAAUAAUGUCCUGUUUGACAUUAUUUUGAAACAUUUAUGUAUUUGACAUUAUUUUAAAUUUGUGUCCUGUCAGAGGUCAUUUUGGAUUUUGUUUCAAGUAGGUCUGGUGUCUUUUAUUUAUUGAAUUAAAAAAAGAGUUCAG